UUCCAACCAACCCAAACUACACUCCACUCCACCAACCCAUUCCAUAAUCACCAAAACAAACCAAAACAAAACAAAGGAAGGAGAAAGAUAUUCAAAAUGGCCGACAAACUCCGCACGAUCCAAAACCUCGAGGCGAUGCAAGCGCGGUACGUCGGUACUGGCCACGCGGACACGACGAAAUACGAAUGGGUAUCGAACAUUGUCCGGGAUAGCUACGCCUCGUAUAUUGGUCAUCCGCCUAUGUUGUCGUAUAUGGCGUUGGGAAUGGGCGAGUCGAAGGAGAAGGUUCGCGCGGCGAUGAUUGAGAAGAUGGUUAGAGGGGCGGGGAAUCCGCCGGAGACGCAGGAAUAAUCUAUUACUAUUACUGUUACUCAUGGGGGGAUUGGUGGUGGGGUUUGAGGGAUGGGGGUGAGAUGAUAUGAGUUGAAGGAGUUGGGUGUUUGAUGGGGGAGUAUUGUGGAAGGAGAUAGAUGAUGGAUGGUGGGAUUGUGUCAUGCAGGUAUUUGCAUACUACUGGAGUUCAAUGGUGGGUUAAUGGCGUUGGCGUGGAGGUUUCACAUGCAUUACAUUACAUACUAAGGAUAUGGACUAAGAUGGGUUAAA